CAACUGAGGGCGGAAAUGCAUCCUGGUGUAAGGGCGGAAGUGAAUAUCUACGAGCUAGUCUCAUUGAUGAAGACGCCGCCAUGGAACCGGGAUCUGUUUUGGUUGAAACAAACAUUGAAGAGAGAUGUAUGCCACCUCAAGAUGUUCUAGAGUCAAACAGUAGUGUGUAUACAAGAUUCAUGAAGAACCACAACUGUUAUGAUCUCAUUCCCAUCAGCUCAAAGCUUGUUGUGUUUGAUACAUCUUUGCAGGUCAAGAAGGCUUUCUUUGCUCUUGUCAGCAAUGGUGUGAGAGCAGCCCCACUUUGGGAUAGCAAGAAGCAAAGCUUUGUGGGCAUGUUGACCAUCACCGACUUCAUCAAUAUCCUCCAUCGUUACUACAAAUCUUCCAUGGUGCAGAUUUAUGAGCUCGAGGAACAUAAGAUUGAGACAUGGAGAGAACUCUAUUUGCAAGAUUCUUUCAAGCCUCUGGUCAGCAUAUCUCCUAAUGCCAGUUUGUAUGAUGCAGUCUCCUCCCUGAUUAAGAAUCGUAUUCACCGUUUGCCGGUCAUCUCUCCUGACUCAGGAAAUACUUUGUACAUCUUAACACACAAACGAAUCCUCAAGUUCCUGAAGCUUUUUAUGUGUGAGUUAGAGAAACCUGCUUUUGUGACUCAAUCUUUAAAAGAGCUAGCAAUUGGGACAUAUGACAACAUUGCGCUUGUUAAUGCCAAUACUCCAGUCUUUGUUGCUUUGGGUAUAUUUGUGCAGAGGCGUGUAUCAGCUUUGCCGGUUGUUGAUGAUUCUGGGCGGGUGGUUGAUAUUUAUUCCAAGUUUGACGUAAUUAAUUUAGCAGCUGAAAAGACCUACAAUAAUUUGGACAUCACAGUGACAAAAGCCCUGGGACAUCGCUCUCAUUAUUUUGAAGGUGUUCUGAAAUGCUACCAGCAUGAAACUUUGGAGACCAUAAUCAACCGGCUAGUGGAAGCAGAGGUGCACAGAUUGGUUGUGGUGGAUGACAACGAUAUUGUAAAAGGCAUAGUUUCCCUUUCAGACAUACUUCAAUGUCUUGUUAUGACAGCUGGAGGGGAGAAACCUCUGAAAUCUGUAUAAUCUGUUGUACCAUGCAAUACUGAGAUAUACAGUACAGCCCUGAGACCUUGACACUGUUUACGAAUACAGAAAGCACCCUGUGUGGGACACCUGGCUGGAUCAGAAGAUUUGAGUCUCGCAACAUUUUUGAAGGAUGUUAAUUUAGAAGAGCACCCAGCACCAUUCUUAACGAUUUUUAAGCAAUACUAAAGACCGAAUUGAAAUCUGCAAAGCCGAAAGUUGUCCUGAUAAAACUCUAAUACAACAACUCACUGAAAAAAAAUCAGUAUUGAGAACUUCCUAACUUUUAGGCUGCAAUGCGUACCCCUGUAGCCCUCAUCACUUUCCAUGUUGGUAAUGUUUAAUAGAACCUGGAUGUGAGCUAGUUUAAAUUGCGACAAGAAAUCUAACAUGAGAUUAAACAAACUGUCCUAGAAGCUUUCGUUGGUGCUUUGAUAGAUUUAAAGUGGCUGCUCCAUUAUAAUUUCACGGUCAGCAGCUUCCUGUAUGUUUAAAAGUUUGAGCUUAGACAUUUGUUUCAUUAAUGCUCCAGUGUAUACUGUUUGCAAUUUACCCUGGGCUAAUGCAAGUAUCACAUGUCACUUUUAUAAUUCCAUUUUAUUUCUAGUUUGUAUAAAACUUUGUUUCCUGCUUGUUUGACUCCUAUUGUUAUAAACCAAAUACCCAUUCCUUGUUUGUAGGAAACACACAGUGUGAGUCGGCGUUUUGCUACUUGGGACAAGAUGUCCAUGUAUAAAAUAAAGUUUCACAUUUCUUACA